UACUCGGUAUCUUUUCCUUCGGAUGUGUACACCGUCGACAUGGACAAUCAAGAAGAAAUCCUUAGGGAGCCUGAACGCGAGGACGAGGGUGAGGACGAAAGUGAUUUCGCUGAGGACGAGGAACAUUACACGAGAAGGGAGCUGGUGGGACAACAGAGGCGGAUCGUCGCUCGGGCGAGUCGCGAGGAAAGUUCGGUGGCUGAAGAGGAGAUGGAUGAAGGUGAGGAGGCGGAGGGAGAGAGCGAAGAUGAAGAAGGGUUGACUGAAGUGGAGUAUGCGGAAGUGGAGGGCGACGUAGGAAGGGAAGGCGAAGAGGAGAGGAGUGGGCCGGCCAUAAGCAAGGACACCAUAAGAAUGUCGAUUUUCGAAUUGGAUUCGUACGUCUCUUCGUCCAGAGCUUCUGGUGUGGAAGAUGCUGGGAGGGAGCUGGCGGAGCCGAAAAAGAUUCGAAUGUCUGAGUCGAUGGGAUUGCCGGGAUUAGUGCGACUCGAUCUGUCGCUGCUCACCCAGAAGAUAAUGGGAUGCGUAAUCGGGGAGAACGUGACGACCGAGUAUCCCUGGAUCUACGUGAAGAAGGAGAUCAUCGAGGACAACAUUGACCUCCACGAAGAGAGCAGCGACUUCCUUCCGAUCAAGGAAGAGAUUCGUCUCUUUCCGGAUGCGAAGAUCCUUAUCGGCUAUUCCCCAACCUCCGGAGAGGAUGGACAAUUCUACGUCUGCAUCACGGAGGCAGGUCGGGAUGCUGUUGUCAGAUACAUUGAGCAUCUUCGUGACGAGCAGGAGAGCCGGGUGCGCAAUGCUGUCUAUAAAAUGAACAUGAGUGCAUGGGUAGACCUGGGUAGCGGUGCCGAGGUCGAUGACAGCAUCGUCAAGAAAUCCCGACCUCUCUUCGAGAUAGAGGUCGAGUCGACAGCGAAUCUCCUGAACGCACCUAUGAACUUCAAGAACAGGGAUGCUGCGGAGCAGAGGGAUGGCUACCUAGCGCUUUUACCCUACAGGCAGACCUUUGACAACGUCGUACGCAGUCUGGUGUCACGGGGAGAACAGACCAGGGCGCCGACGACGGACGGCGGUACUCAGACGGAGCCGUCGAUGCCUGCGACCUCCUGGUGCCAGUACCAAUAUGAUUUUGUUUGGGAAGGAUACGACGAUACUCAGCUAGAAAGUAUGAACAAGUUCCUUGAAAGUAACGUUGAGAAGGUGUGCGACGAGGUGCUGGUUAACGCCCACUGGGACAUCUACAUAAAUGACUAUGCAGACCUGGCGCAAUCUGAGAGAGACACUUUGCCACCUGUAUCUAUAAAGUAUACGGAGCAUCAAAGCUACUCGGAUGGGAGAUACAGUACUGAUAAAGUGAUCAAUGACUUGUGCUGGCAUCCGCUCUGGACUGGAAUCGCAGCAGCUACCUACACCGAUCACGCAAAGAGUGAGCACAUUGUCGGUCAGGUUACCGAUGAUCAAGUGAUACGAGCUUGCCAUGAGAGUAACCGGGUGCUGAUCUGGUCAUUCAGCGACUGUUUGUCGCCGAAACUUGUUCUUGAGUCACCUAGAGAAGUUACUGCCGUGAGCAUUUGUCCCCUAGACGGGAACGUCAUCAUCGGAGGCUGUGCGAACGGUCAGAUAGGAAUCUGGAAUAUUCCGGGUAAGAUCGAACAAGUUGAAGCUGUGGUAGUGCACACCACAGCCCAGGUGAGGUAUAGAAUAGCGAUGAGAAGUUUGAUGAAGUGGAUGAAGGAGUCUACAGGUUCCACUGUAAUUCGUCCAGCAGCAAUGUCCUCUCUGAGAUACAGUCAAAAGGCGGCCAUCACCGAGAUCGUCUGGAUACCAUUGUACAAUAAGGUUGAUAAGAAUGGCCGGGUACAAAGUUUGCCAGAGGAUACACCAAAGGACGAACUGACCUGGCAGUUCAUCACCUCCAGUGAGGAUGGGACAAUAGCCUUCUGGGACCUCAAAUGGCGACCUGCUGACGGAGAAGAGCAUGAGCCUGGAGCGAAUCAGGAUAGACCUAGAGGGAAAAAGGGUAUAGCGACGACGAAGAAGAAGGGUGUGCGAAGACCAUCAAGACUGACGCAGACGAUUUCGCCGUACAAGGUCCUAGACAGAAUCUUCAAACCAGACUAUCUCCUGGUGAUUCAGUAUCCGGAUGAGUUGCAUCGCGCCGUCGUUACGACUAUGGAUUUGCAUAAUCCACCUAUACGUAAGGUGUGCGUCGGUCCUGUCUCCGUUGGCCGGAAUGACAUCACGGUGCGCAAGUACUACAAAAGCAUAAUCGAGAAACCAGAUCAUGAGAUGAUUCCGGAGAUUUUUGUGGGGACUGUCGAGGGUGACUGCGCCCGGGUCACUUGGGAAGGUUUCGAUUUCACUACUGGGGUAGCCAUCAAUCGUGAACAAUGCACCUGGAAGAAUUGGUCCAAGAUCCAUGACGGUCCCGUUACGCACUCAGUCAAGUCAAAGUAUCUUGCGGACGUCAUCCUUACAGUUGGCGGUAGGGUGUUUGCACUUUGGCGCGAAGAUGCUGACGACCCCGUCCUCUGGAGGAAGUCCAACUUGAGGUACACGGCAUGCUCUUGGGGGACAUUUCGGCCAACCGUUCUAAUUUUGGCACGUAGCGAUGGUACCAUAGAGAUUUGGGACCUCAUAGUGACGAGUCAGGAGCCUAGUUUUACUCAGAGUGUUUCCGGGAGCAUAAUAACUGGCAUCUACACACACGAGCUUUACCUGAGCCCGCAGUGCGUUGGGUUUUGCGAUUACAAUGGCACUCUUAGGGUCUUUUAUGCUCCACGACUUAUGCUCAUUUACACUGACGCCGAUGUCAACUGGAUGCGCUGUUUCGUUGACCGAGAGGUCGAGAGGACGCGCGAAUUCAAAGAGUGGCAGAGUCAGUGGAACGAGACGAAUGUCGAGAACAUUGAGAUGAAGAAAAAGUUGGCGGAAGAGGAGGAUGAGAGGAAGCGGAUUGAGGCAGAAGAGAAAUUGAGGGCGGAAAUGAUGGAGACGGCAGCUCGGGCGGCGGCGAGAGCCUCAGCCAUUAGAGGUCCGAGGUCAGGACAGUUCUUGGAAGAAGCCAAAGAACGUUGGAAGUCGAUGGAACUGAGACGUAUGCAGAGGGUCAUCCUGGAGAAGAAGGGACUGAAGGAAGACGAAUUAGAGAGAAGACGCGCACCGGUGAUGAAGAUGCGUCAGGAUGCACGUAUGAAGAAGAAGAAGAUACGACAGGCCGUACAGCUUCAAGAUAAAAUCUUCGAGGACACAGUCACUUUCCUCUUCCCGGAGCAGUACCAAGAGCGCAAGUCCGUGGUGCUGCCCAGCCUCCCAACUCCGGGUAUCCAGGGAGAGUCAAAGGUUCAAGAUGAUCUGAAAGAGUUAAUUGACCAGGAGAAUAAGCAGUUCAGCAGCAUCGAGGAGGAGUACAUUUAUGAAUUUCUCGAGUGUCAAGCUAAAGGACUGGCUACGAUUCGAAAGCAUCCUUAUAAGCAUGCCUUUGAUUGGCGUAAGAUUCUUCACGAGGGUGAAGGACGUCGUUCGGAAAUAGACAACGCACUGAGGCGCCGCGAAGGUCACAGACAAAGCUACUAUCGAGAAAAAGAGAGAAUGGUCAAUAGCGCUUCGGUCGAUGAACUGUCUUUCGGUCGAGACCCCUCCGAGGAGGACGCGGAUGAUCAGAGAGGGCGUGCCAGCGAAGAAAAUGUCCUCAUGGGGAACAUUCCUGCAGAGGCGAAAGAAGAGGAGGCGAAUGAGAGCAGGAACGUCGUGCCCUGAGGAGACCUCGGAGACAGUCCGAUCGCGAUAAGAUUGGGAAAUUCGAGGAGAAUCACGAAGAUGAGUAACAGGACGGAAAGAGAAAAGGCUUUAAGGGAGAAACUUUCGGAUAAAUUGAUAAAAAUUAUUGUCAAUGAGAAUUGCACCCUCAGUCGGACGAAGGGACAGCUCGAGGGCUCUUCAGGCCGCAGCUUAGUACGCGUAGCUUGAGGUACACGGUUCCGAUGGCGGAUGGGAAAACUGGUCGAACAACAGCGAAACGUGCUGUUGAGAACGAAGGACCGAGCCUCAGGAUUUUUUAAAUAAUUAAAGCGGAUUAAAACUCGGUAGCACAGGCGAGAAAUGAAUUUGAAAUUUCAAACUUCCCAGGCAACGCCAGACACGCGUUGUUGUCCUUGAUGACGCUGGCGACGUCGACGACGCUGGGAACGCCACGGUGGAAACACACCGGCGAAGGGUUCCGCUCGAUGGUUACAAGGGCCAGGUGCCGUGAGUAGGAGAGAGCUAGAAUGACAAAGAGAGUGAAAGAAAAAAAGCAUAGAGAAGAAGAGUGAGAGUACGAAAAUGAAACCCACCUCAGCGCGCCGCCCUCUUCCUCCUCCCUUAUUUCCCUGGAGCGACAUAUUCGGUCCUGGUAUAUCGUAGGGUGUCCGCUUCACUCAGUUUCCAGCCUCACUCUUCCCUGGCCCCAUCCUCAUCCCGAUCUCUUUGAAUCUUCUCGUAUCUCCUCUUCUUCGCGUUCCUCUUCCGACCCCAGGAUUUCAGGAUCCUGCCACCCGUUCUUCAGCAUCCCCGUCCUUCGACUCUUUUCUCUGUCAUCCGAUCGCACUUACCGGGCUCCUCUUGACGGACCCUCCUCUUCAACCCCACUUCCUCGAUCCUCGGUCCUGGUCGGUUCAACGAAAUUAUCGAGCGGACCGUGAACGCGCUAUUACCGCGAAACAGCUCCUUCAAGAGACAGCCACCUUCCCACCCUCAGCCAACCAGUAAUCAUGUUCCUUUCCGACUUAUAAGAUUCCUUCUUACAGACUCUACCAGCAAUUCUCCAGCAUCCAGUUAUCAGCCCCAGCUCUAAUACCACCUAGCAUCUCUGUGAAUUACAGUUCUCGUUUUUCACCGAGCACGUAAUCGCGACGAAUCGAGACAUUGCGUACCGUCGACGAAACAAAAAUAAACGAGAGCGAGUACCUCUCUCGAGGAAGAGGGAGUGCGUGUGUGCGCGUGCGAGUGAGAAAGAGAGACGGAGAGACCAGAACAGGAAGCGAGAGAGUAUCAGUGAGUAUCGCACGACUGGAUAUACCAGAGGGAAUGGUAAAAGCUCUUACAGGGACCCCCUCUCGUACCUACCCGUAAUUAAACGAAAUCGUUAUGAACGUCAAGGGAGGUAGCAGUAAGUAGAGACCAGAGGGUUGAGAAGAAGCUAAGGGUUGGUACCAGUCAUUAUGAUAAUUAUGGAUCGUCCGUCUGGCCUGAAAUACGUCUUAUUCUCCCCUCGGUACCACCGCGUCGACGCGUCGUCGUGUUUUAUCCUUGGAAUCAGCGCGAAAACUAAUGACAGCUUCUCAACCCUGCAUAUACAGGGUGAUACGUCUGAAUGAAAUGUAAAAAAAUGUACCCACUUGAACCUCCAAAUUUAACGGGGCCGAGGUGUGAAAUCACAGCGCGUGAUCGAUCGACCAAAAAAACAACAGAAAAUACCCAACAUUGAAAUAGCUAUCGGAUGAAGAGUAAACAGGUAGAAAUGAAGGAACGAGAGAGAAAAAACAUAGGAAAAAAGAAUAUGGAGGUAAAGGUCAAAGGUAAAGAGAGGCGUUAUCCAGGGUCACCCUGUACAGAGAGCGAAGUAGGUGUAUAAGGCGCCGUUUGGAAUAAGAGGAGAUGUGAGACCUGGUACAGAAAGGAAAAGAAAAAAAAAAAGAAUAAUGGAGAGAAAGUGGUAGUGGUGGUACAAGAGGGUGUUGGAGGGGGGUGGAACAGAAACCCUUAGCGGCCACGCGGCAACGGUAAGAUAUAAUUGUGCAAAAUGACGACGCUUUAUUUCAACCCUCAGGCCACAGCUAACGCCCUUAUUUCACCUUCUCCCUCAAUUUUCACGAUCCAGGUAAAAGAUAUGCCUUAAUCGUUAACGACCGAAGCUUCCGUGGCGCUUCUCGUAAAUGCUAAAAGCACCCUUCGAGUCAAAAAACGGGGGGGGCUCGCCGAAGCUACGGGUUCUCUGAUUCGUUGCUACGUCACUGCGAUAUCUACACUAAGAUACCAAAUUUAGCGAACCUAACCAAGGUAAGUAACGAAUUAACAACUUAUAAUAUUGAAGUGGGCGUAAUUGACUCUCUAGGUGAAAAUACUGUCACACCAGAUGACACUGGAUGCUGUACGCCGGGAAGGUGAUACUUCCGCCUAUACCGUAACAACAGUAAAUACACGUAUAGUAUAUGGUAUAGGGAUGUACGCUGACAGCAGCUAAUCUUUCGUUACCCUUCGUAUAUUUGCGACGUAGCCCCAAUCAAAUGGCGAAACAGGCCGAGAUCAGCACGAUGAACUUUCUAGAAGUAGGGAUGCUGUCUAGUAUCGCACUCGAUACCGCAGGAAAAUAACUAAAUAAAUCGAAAGAUUACGUCGAGAGAAAUGGACGAGGCCGGGAUACAAGUUGGCGAACUAGAAGCAUCCUCCGCGUGGAACUGACUCUGCCAUUAUUGGCCAACUUUCAAACAUCCUUCCCAGUGCUGGUCCACGUUACCUAUCUUUCUAUCUGUUGCCCCAAGCCUUGGUCCAUUCCAUUUCAUCCCAUCCUAUUCCAUCCCAACCCAUCUCGUGUGAUGCCUAUACCCACACCAUCAAAUCCGUGUGCGUCCGUGUCGACGUCCACGUUCUACGUCCGCGUCACGACGACCCCUGGAACCCGUGAGGAUUUCAGCUUUAGCGUAGAGCCGGAGGAGCGUCGCGACGCUUCGCGCUGCUAACACAGCAGGGGUGGUACAACGGGGUGGUUGUGUAUCGACACGGUGGUCCUGAGCGGUCGGGAUGCUGGGAUAGCGAGAUACAGGGAUGUAGGGAUGCUGGGCAUCUACUACUAUUCACUGCCCGUCAAUUUUCUCUCUUUCUUUUUUCUCUCUCUCUCUCUCUCUCCUCGAUGAGGAAACUUUCUCCGUUUAUCGACAUAUUUCCAUCCUUGUCGCCCCCCCCCCUCUCCCACUCCGCUUCAUCCUCAUCCCAUUCACCCGUCCAUUUUCUUUCCUUAUUUCGUUUUCAUCCUGAAAGAAGAUUCUGUAGAUAUUUCCUUCUGGGAGAAUAAUCGAAUGGGCGAUGGUCCGAGAGAGUAAAGUGAUCCGAUGGUAAAGAAGCUCAAGAAAAAUAGGUUACAGAAGGUAAAGACAGUAACGUCCCUCGCUGAAGGUGGAAAUAAAAUGAAUCCGACGGGAUUCACAGUUGAGUAGGUAUACGUAAACAUUGACUCGUUAUCAAAGUGUAAUAACGAUAACGUUACGAGGAUGAGGAAGCAGACAGUGACGGGUCUAGGUUUUCGUUCGCAGAGGAACCGAACACCAGGAACAAGAACCGCAACGAACGAUAAAAGUAUUACUUGACUUCCCGUUGUACAACAGCUGCACCCUGGACCAAGCAGAAGUCAGGAGGAAAGAAAGGAAGAUUAGAGGGUAGGUAAAAUGAAGAAAGGAAAUGGGAAAGAGGUAUACGGGGAAGAACUGGAAUAAGAAAAGGAGCAAUUCUAUGAAAACAAGAAAGAAAGUCCUUUGAAAGAGGGUGGCGAGGGUGCCAAGCCGAUAAACGACAGCUGCUACCUCGAGGACGAGGAGUAUCGUGACUCUGGCUGACUUUACGCGGUCUUGUAUAGCUUCCACUGAAUCACGCCGAAUCACCCUCGACCACAUUCGACCAUCACCCGGACUGAACUAGCGAGUGUCGCUGCCAACCUGAUGAAAAAAAAACUUCCUGGAAGAUCCUUGCCCUCGGUCUACUCACUUCAGAAAUAAUGUCCACUCUUGUAUCAGGUUGUCAAGGGUAACAAAGCAUUUAAUUCAAACUUUUGAAUAUUUACAAGACGAUGUUACACGAGAUGAUUAAAGGUAAUCCGACCAGAGGAUAAAGAAGAGAACUUGGGCCGAUGAUGAGAAAGGACGGGACUGAGACCAGGUUAGUAUCGUGCCGGGUACCAUGUCUUAGGAUGAGGCCCGGAAGGGGAUAAGGGGGUUGAUAGAAGGGGAGGCUACAGGAUACCGGGAAGGUGGCUGCGCUGACGUAACGUCGAUAUUUGAUCUUUCCAUUAAGUUAUUUACAGGAACGUUUGCUGAGUGCUACGGGUCGAGCUGGGAACAGGGUGACUCCAGAGUGAGUGAGAUGGAGCGAGCCAUAUCCGCGAUGGAUAAAAGUGCAAAGAGAAGGACGGACGAAAGAGAGUAGAAAAAUGAAGGCAACGUAUACGCAAGCACCAGGCCUUUCGACUAUCUGAAAGACAGGGCAGCCAAUUACUGUCCGGCAUCGUUGAAUUUCAAAUCGCGUGCUCUCGCGCUCCAGCGGUAAGGAAGCAGAAGAGAAACUGUAGUGUUGGGUGAGCCAGCCGUAAAAGAGAAAUGGCAUUUCCAUCUACGUUACUUCAACGAGGCGUCUACACCCGUAAGCUACGACUCUUCACGAUUUUGGAAGCACGGAGAAAUAAUGAACUGAAAUUACAACCCUUCAAUCUCCUUUCAUCUCCAUUACUGCCAUUUGCCUUAUUCUCUUUGGCUUAACGCCCAUCGCGUUGACGUGCAUGGAAGGUCUAAGAUUGUGUGAAAUAAUAAGUGGCUUUAGGAAAAUAAAAAAUAUAAAAAAUUUA